GGAAAUCGCGUCGAUUCUUCAUUUUGCGUCUCAAUUGAAAUUGUUUGAUUUUGAUUUAGAACCGAUCCCAAUUUUCCACUCAAUCUGGUGACAAAUCCUUACAAGAAUCCCCCGGGUUACGCCAUUUCUGUAGCGAAGAACGCUGCUUCCACGAUUUUCGAAUUCGCCAUUCAGCUUCUCUGAAUUCUGAAACAGAGAGCUCCGUGGAGAAGAUGAAGCGAUUACCGAGUGUGGCUUUCGUGCUUUUAGCCAUUACUUGGUUUCCCACGUCUGAGUGUUCGAAGAAGCCAUCAGCGGCUGCUAGAAGAGAGGACAUUCCGUACAUUAAAUGCCAGGUCUGUGAGAAGCUUGCCGCGCAGUUGUACUAUCAAGUUGAGAAGAAACAAGCUGAGAUCGCUCCCAAGAAGAUCUCGGAGUAUCAAAUUAUCGAAAUAGCUGAGAACGUUUGUAAUCUGAAGAAGGCAGAAGCCGAUUGGAUACUACAGAUUGACAUUGUUGAACAAGGUGAUAGGCUGGAGCUAGUGGAACAGAACACUGAAGGACAAUGCAAUUCAAAGUGCAAGACUAUUGAGCGUGCAUGUCAGGAGGUCAUGGGAUAUUCUGAUACUGAUGUUGCUGAAUACCUGUACAGCUCUAAACCUCAGAUUGAUUCAUUGGUGAACUAUCUGUGCAAGGACCUCACAAAAUCAUGCACUACAAAGCCACCUCCAGUUGCUAAGGAUCGGAUUCCAGGCGAGCCCUUCGUGGCCAAGUCAGCGAAGGAGGCUGAGAUGGAAAAGAUAAUGAAAUCUAUGGAGGGAAUGCCAGGAGCGCCCAACAUGAAAAUGUAUUCAAGAGAUGAUCUAAUGAACAUGCAAAAUUUUGGAGGUGAAGAUGAAGACGAAGACGAGGAUGAAGAUGAUAACUUCCCCUCAAAUUUGGGAAAAGUUUUAAGGGAGAAAGAUGGAAAAAAGGGUGAUUGGAAAAGCAAGAUCACCAAAGGCGUUUCAAAGGCAGGGGAAGCAAUAAAACAGCAUGCAUACAGAGUCUCCAACAAAAUAAGGCAUUGGUGGAGAGCAAAGUCUGGAGGUUCAAAAGCCACAAAACAAGAACUUUGAAGCCUCAUUAACUUUACCAAUGCAGGAAAAUCAACACCAAUAGUUCAUUGUAUUCGCAUCGCCCCUUAGAAAGUUAGCUAGUAAAUCCAACAGCAAAUACAGAAGUGUUCUAGUACAAAUCAAACCCAUGUUCUGAAAUUUUGUGGUUCUUUUUAUGUUGAGGAAAACUAAGUCUUGCUAUUGGAAAUUUUGUGGAACUCCA